CUAACAAAUUUCCGGCUGUACGUCAGUGAAAUAAUUCCGCAAGAAAAAUACGAUCAAGAAAGGGUGGAAUGGCAACAAUGAUUGAAGAAAAUGGUCCAUCAACUCAUGGGCAGGGGGAACUGUCAUCUUACUCCUCCAGAGCGCGUCAAAAGCUGGAGAGCCUGCUGAACAAAAACAUGAGAAUCAGAAUGACUGAUGGACGGACACUGGUGGGACUGUUCCUGUGCACAGACAGAGACUGCAACGUCAUCCUGGGGUCCGCUCAGGAGUUCCUCAAAUCCUCAGACUCCUUCUCCCAGGGUGAGCCCAGAGUGCUGGGGUUAGCCAUGAUUCCCGGUCACCACGUGGUCUCUAUCGAGGUGGAGUCAGACAGCCUGGCCGACACACAGGGGUUCGGGUCCAGCCACUGAGGAACAAGAUCAGCUCGCCCAAAGCUGGAGGAGACUAGCUAGCAUCCUGGCUAGCCAGGUCUAUGUCUCAGCAGCCUAGAAGAUGCUACAGUACAGACUUGAAAUUGAGAAUUCAAUCAAAGGAGAAUUCCAGAUGCAGCUGAUCUCUGGUGCCAGUGUAUUUGGUUUAGCAGGCAGCCAUGGUGUGUGAGAUCUAACCUGGCACGCCCAGUGACAUUAUAGUGUGUGUGUGUGUGUGUGAAGUUGAUAUACUGAGUACAACAGAUGUUUGUUCAAGGAGGGGCAUGUACUGAGCCAGGCUGUACAGUAUAUCUGUGUUUGUGUGGAACUGCUGUUUAAAAUGCAAAGUGUAUGCAAUAUGGAUAAAUGUUUUCCUAAUACAUUUCAGUAUCUAAACCUC